AGUUCAGCGGUGUGUCACACGGGGCGCCCGCUCCUCCACUGCUCGGUUUGUGUUCCGGGUGAUGCUGCUCUUCUCUUCAAAGCAGAGGAAAGUCAGGGGCUCAUGUGUCAACAUCCAGGGUUUCUCCGGGGAGGUGGGACGUUAACGUUAAUCUGAAAAAAGAGAGGAAAAAAAAACCCUGAUGUUCUUUUGAAGAUCGUGUUGUGCUUAUUAAAGCCUCUUCAUCCUCGGGGGGUUUCUCCGACCGUUGAGAGCAGAAGACGAUCUUGGGCUCGUGCUGCUCUGACGUUAGCUAACGUUAUUUUAAACGAUGACAGAGUACAAAGUGCGAACAGCAGCGUCUCCAAUCAUAUAAUAAUAAUAAUAUCUGGGGACCUGUUAGCUUAGCCAGCUAGCCUGGUAUUUCGAUCCGACCGAGGGAACACGGCGAAACUCUCUGCUGACAUGAUGUUUCCUCAAUCAAGGCACUCGGUAAGUUUUGGGCUCGAACUUGUCCCAGAAUGAAACUAAACACUGAGACAGGGAGCUAAUGCUAACUAGCAACCAGCUGAUAGUAGCAGUGCAGGCUGCAGGGAGCUGCUGUCACAAUAACCAGUCCUCCUCUCUGCAUCUCCCACGACGUUUUUACUCUAAUACUGCACUUUAAACCUUAAAUACAUAUAUUUAUGCGACUUCUAACACUCAGAACUGACCUUUUAGGUUAAUGUUGAAGCGAGAAAGACGACUCACGUUACCGAGAUUCAUCAUGAAUAUGAAGAGGCAGCAAAUAUUUACAACAGCUCAGUUUGAGUCAACUACAAAGGUUUAAUGAAAGGUUUUUGUUAAUGUGUGUUUAUUAAUGCUCCUUAAAUUAUAAGAGUAUAUAGAAUAAGCUUUUUUAGACGGAAUAGUCACUCGUUUUUCGAGGUAAACAUUGGUAUUUUGAUAAGUCUGUAGUAGUUUUGUUUUAAUGUCCUAAAUUUAUGCCAAUGUUACUGUAGUUUGUUAGUAAUAUGAACAAGUAGCAUAUGAAAAGAGCACAUAGACUUACACUCAAUGAAAAAAGCUUUAAUCAGAGGACGAAUAAAAUGCUUUAACCCUUACAGACUGUUCGGGUCAAAUUUGACCCAUUUUGACUUUUAACAGCAGUAAAAAAAUACCUUAAACAUCAUUCUUUAAGCCUUAAACUAUUUUGGCCCAAAAUACAUGAAAUUAAUUUAAGAAUAUUUAUGUGUAUUUUUGUAAAUCUGCUUCAAAUUUGCAAGUCAAAUUUGACCCACAUCUAUUUAGAUGUGUUUUAGAUCUACCAGUGUGGGACAAGUGACAAGCAGUAAGAACAGUGUUCAAUAUAAAGUUUGUUGUUCAUUAAAUUAUCAAAUUUUAUCAUUAUGACUUUUAUAAUCUUUUAUUUCUUACAUAAUGUGACAACAUGACAUUAUCCUGUCUAAUAGAUAUUCUUCUCCAAAAUAUAUAGUUCACCAAAAACGAGUGGUGUUAAAACUUAAAAAAUACACUUUCCCUGCUCUUUGAAACAUUUAGGAAGGACUAAUCAACAAUUUUUUGAAGUAGCAGAGGUCAUUUAAACAUUAUGAAUAGGUUUGGGGUUAGAACUUUGGUGAAAAUACUUGCUACAUGGGCAAUUCUUGGGCUGGGUCAAUUUUGACCCGGAACAUACUGUGAGGAUACAGGAUUUGAACAGUAUAUUAGGGUUAAAACAAUAGAUCAUGCAUCAACAUUAUGCUUACAAAUCUGUCCUUUAAUUUAAUCUAUAAUUAAGAUAACAAUACUUUUUUGAUCGUGUGUCUUUACUGGAAAAUUAGCCAACAAAAUCUAUACAUUAAUAAGUUGUACAGUACUGAAAUUUAGGGAAAAAUAAGCAAAUCCUAUUGAAAGUAAUCUGUUUUCCAAACGUAAGUUUAAGGUUGACCAAUAGGACAAAACCAGAAAAACUGAGUUUCACAAAGAUACUGUGUAUAAAAAUUAAAAAGCACAUCACUUCAUCUUGAAAACACAGAAACCAGACAAUUCAAGAUUAUAAGAAACAAGUUAAUUUGAAGAUUAAUUGCUUACAUCUUCAUAUUGCGUUAUUGUUUGAUCAGCAAUCUGUUAACUCGCUCUCAAUCUGCUCUUGCAGUGACUCACUAACAUGUAUAUCAAAGGCACACGGCACAAUCUGACAUUUUAAGGAGGAAUUUUCUCUUUUCUUAUCACUUUAUCCAACUCUAAUGCAGUUAAGUCUCAGAAUGAUUGAAGUCAACUGUGAAACAUUUCACCUGAUCAUAGUGCCAGCAGUUGUUUUGAAAGAUUUCAUAGAUUACUGUCAUUGCAGCGAUCGAUAGGACAAUCAAUAGUUUCAGCACUUUACUUUAUUUAGAGCACUAGUGCACUGUGCGUUUGUGUGUUACCAGCGGCCUCCAUCCUCACUACUCUGUCCCAUAAUCCCACCGCGGACCUUUCGCCCUUGUGCCACUUAUUUUGAGGGUAAUAAGGUUUAGGGCACUUGAUAAACCCUGGAUUACAGCUUUAGACCGAUGGUUCAAGUGUAGUCUAUACAUAUCCAGACUUCGAAUGCAGACUGUAAAUACCUCUCACAUAUGGUCGGCAUGAGUGCGUUUUAAUCUGUCCCUCUGUAAACACAUUUCCUCAAUCGGCACACACUUUACGGUCAUGCCUGGUUGUUUUCUACAGACAGAUGUUUGAUAUCAGUCUGUUAAAGGCAGAGACCGUCUAUUUUCUAGAUCAGCACAUUGUAGGUUAAACAUGCCGUCCUGUUUUUUCUCAUCCACACCCUUCACUCAGACGUGAAGUUUAGCCGACUUUCAAUUAAGCUACAAUCUCAAAGGGUUAAUCUCAAAGGUCAAACUGCUGUUUCCGAUAAACCCAAACACACAUCUGGCCUUUGUUUGCAUCCAGAGUGUGGGGAUUUUUUUUUUAUAUUUUGAUAAAAGGAUCCUUUUCUGUCACGCAGGCUUCCUCUCAGUCCAGUCAGCCUCUCAAGUUCACCACUUCUGACUCCUGUGACCGCAUCAAGGAUGAGUUCCAGUUCCUUCAAGCACAGUAUCACAGGUACGCUGACUUAAAACGUUUGUGCGAAUCUCUCUUUGAGUCACCUCUCCUUCUGAGGAGGGUUGUGAAUCCGGUGCUAUUUCCAUAAUGUCUUUCUCUUAUGCAAAACAAUGACAUACAUUACUUCACAAAGAGAGUGCAGCAUUGUCAAAUAGACAUUCUUAGUAAUGGUGGAAAUACAGAGCAACAGUGUGCAGAUUCAGAGCGAUUCCAGGAAAUUCAGCUCAUCUGCUGAGUGCUAAUUCUUUAUAUGUGCACAAAACCAACAUUUUCUUUGUGCAAACAGAAAAAAAAAUUAACCCCGUUCUAGUUUGGAGUUUGUCCUGCUAAUCCAACUUCUUGCAAUCUCUGCAAAAAGUUAGGCAAAUUUAGGAAAAUGCAUCACCAGCAGGUAGACUUGGAGAGUGAUGUUUACAUUAAGUGACCUGUGCAAACCAGGUGGAAAAGGAUGUAACAGCAUGGUUAACAACAAAGAGAACCGUUUCAGGAUGAGAAAGGAGAAGAUAUCUGCAUUUGGAGUAUUUACAGAAAUGGCAUUGAUAAGGGAAUCGUUAAAGAAUUGAAUCGAUAAGCAGAAUCGAUAAUGGCAUCGAUAUCGAUAAGAUCUUAAUCCUAAUAAUUUCUAUAUGUAAUAUGAUAUAUAAUGCUAUCAUUCUAGCUUUGCAUAGCUCCUAAAAUGUCUAUUCUUGUACAUGCUGUGUGUUUUCCCUGAAACUGACGUAUCCUCGCUGUUCUUUUUUUCAUUUCAGUUUGAAGUUGGAGUGUGACAAACUGGCUUCUGAAAAGUCAGAGAUGCAGCGCCACUAUAUCAUGGUUAGUAUUGUUGUAAAUCUCGGAGGUGAGACGUCUGAUUCUUAAAGCAGUCCUUUUGAACACACAGAAAGUCGAUGAGGAUUUGGAUCUUAGGCAAAGAAAUUCCGUACCCUGAAACGGACUGUACUGCCUGUAUCAUGACAGAUAUUCAGUCUCACAUCAUUUCAAAUGUGCGAGCAGAAGGCACAUCUCACUUUGUGCCUUCCUUAUGAUCUGCAACGUUUCCAGAGCCAUUCUUUAUACCAAUGUUCAACCCUGGAUCUCCUGAAAAAAACCACUUCUUCAUAUCAAAUCUACAAACAUGUGCACGAUAUUUGAUUGAUAUAUUCAGAUUGAACAGGAUGUGGGAUCUUCCUUAUCCUGAAGGUCACUUUAAUGUUUUUCUUUCCUCCCUCUUUCUCUUGUAGUACUAUGAAAUGUCCUACGGGCUGAACAUUGAAAUGCACAAACAGGUAAAAGCUGCUGCCUCUGAUAGUGAACUCUUCCUCCACCCAUCUAUGCAGGUCUGAACUUUUUAUUGAUGUUCUCAUUUUCAGGCCGAAAUAGUGAAAAGACUGAACGGGAUCUGUGCUCAAGUGCUGCCUUACCUGUCGCAAGAGGUAACAACGCUGCGAUGUAUUUCUGAACUUAAUGUUCCUCAAGCUCUAUUUUGUGCGGACUCCAGCUGUUAAACAAUGAGUCUUUUCUUCUUUCAGCAUCAACAGCAGGUCAUGGGCGCCAUAGAGAGGGCCAAGCAGGUCACACCCCCUGAGAUGAACUCCAUCAUACGGGUAAGUACAUCACAUUUAUGGUACAAGUCCAUUUCAGAGUGGGGCUUUUCGGUGGAGCUUGGACUAGAGGUUCUUACACAACGGGGCCGACACGAAUCUAGAACGCGAAAUUACGAAAUAUUCAGAGGCGCAUUUUGACGCGCCUGAGUCUGACUAUACACAUUAAGCCCGAUGUGAUUUUGCGACUUGGCCUCUGAUCGGUUAGAAAAGCUGGAAACGUCAUCACACGCUCAAGCCAAACAGUCAGCACUUACAGCCAAUCAGAGGCGUUCAGAUAAGAACAUGAAACAAUGGUAACAACCGUUAGCUUACGUUAGCACAGAUGAAAGUUAAAACAAAGACGUUUAGCAAACUAUCAUCAUAUGAGAGAUUCGAUGCUAUGACUCUCCACAACUCUCCACAAGUUGGAGAGUCAUAGCAUUGGUGAAUCAGAUGCCGCAACAACAUGCUACCUGAUUGGUCAGAAGUGGACACACAGUAUGCGAAACUUUAGAAAAAUUGACCGUGAUCCGAAAAAGUAAAUGCCGCAAUAUCGCAGAACGGGAAAACGUCGCUGAUGUGAACGCUUGUACUGACAGGAUACGGGUUCAAAAAAAAAUAAUGACGUCCGAAAUAAUCGCACGACAAAAACAGUCCCGAUGUGUAAGGACAUUUAGUCAGCAAGGUUGACCCUUAAAGGUCCUUUCUUACCGGAACCCGUUUCCUGUCAAUACAAGCGUUCACAUCAGUGACGUUUUCCCGUCCUGUGAUAUUGCGGCAUUUAUUUUUUCGGAUUAUGGUCGAUUUUUCUAAAGUUUUGCAUACUGUAUGUCCACUCCUGACCGAUCAGAUUGCGUGUUGUUGCGACGUCUGAUUCACCGGUAUAUCCAACAUGGCCGACCAGCUGAUUGUUUACUUGUUGGAGAACAGUGUGCUUUUUGAUAAAAGACACAAAUAUUACAAAGAUGACCUGAAGGACGACAUAGUGUCGGAUCUCUCAUAUGACGAUGGUUUGUGUGCUUUAACAGUUUGUGAAACUUAUUUGUUUUAACUUUUAUCUGAGCUAACGUAAGCUAACGGUUGUUACCAUAGUUUCAUGUGCUAAUCCUCUGAUUGGCUAUAAGUGCUGACCGUUUGGCUUGAGCAUGUGAUGAUGUUUCCAGCUUUUCUAACCAAUCAGAGGCGAAGGAGGGCAGGACCUUCUCUGAACAACCAGCGAGUAGAAGCUAGAGGACAAAAAUGGAGUCUAUGCAAAGAACAUUUUCUGAUUUUUGAGGCCCUCAUUGAAAACUUUGAGCUCACAGCAUCUGUUCUGCGUUUUCAGCAACAGCUCCAGGUGCAACACCUGUCCCAGCUGCAGGGCCUGGCUCUCCCCGUGACCCCCCUGCCCCUGGGCCUCACCCCUCCCACCCUGCCCGCCGUCUCCUCCAGCUCCGGCUUGCUCUCCCUCUCCUCCAUCCUGGCCAACUACUCGCACGGCCAGGCUCAGGUCGCGAAGGAGGACAAGGCCCGGGAAGCCGCCGAGAGAGCGCCGCGAGGAGAGGACGGGGACAAGUCCGACUAGAGCUGACGCGAGCAGAGGAGGGCAACGAGGCGAAGGGCGACGAGGGUGAGGAGAGGGAAGGUAAAACUGUAAACAGAGAUUGAUGUAAGUCUGGCUGCCUGUCUGUUGAGUGUUGACGUUUAGAAGAGUAACUGCAGGGAUGAUGAUGACAAAAUGUGCAGAGAAAGAGAACUGCUGAACGGCUGUGAGUGAGCGUUAAAUGUUCAUAUUUUUUAGCGGUAAUAGACUCAGUUCAGGCUUCUAGACUUUGAAUAGAUGCUUUUUUUUUAGCGUAAGCCACCGAUGUAAGGCUUAAACCUGAUCAAUGUUUUCCCAUUUGGGGUGAGGGCGGAGAAUGAGAGCUAACAGCGGUGUACAUGCAUCCACCUCACACAGGUUUAUUUUUUUUUAUAAUCAGAGCUAUUCUCUCUUUUUCAUUGUUGUCUUUAUUAGUUCAUCUGUUUGUUGUGUCUCACUCGCCACUCCCUGCCGGUCAUAUUUAGCCGUUCCCUCUUAAGUCCCUACCCCCUUACAGCACCCUCAUCACUGAUUGGACGGUGAAUCUCAACAUUGAUUUACGUAGGGCCAAAUUAAACUCUAGUCUGGUUUUAAUUUUGAUGUUUUUUUUUUUUUUUUUUUAAAGGGAUAUUUCACUAAUCAGGUGCAUUAAAACACGAACCACGUUUUGUCGCUUUUAUUCAGCCAACCACUGGAUGCGUCGCCUUUAGCUGCGUACCUCAAUCUCAGAAAUGGGAUUAAACGACUUUAAACAAUCUUUAGUUUAUGAGUAGUAGCAUACCCAUCCAAACAUAAAAGGCCGAGCUGCUGCUUCACGCCACAUGGCACGGACCAUGACUUGUCUUUUAAAUUAUUAAAAUUUAAACCCUAAAAGAUUCACUUUUUUUUUUUUUAACCCAAGAAGCUAAUUAGACUUUAAAAAUGUGUCGCUGUGUGCUCGAGUGAAUGUGAAACCUGAUUGAAAAAUUUAAGUUAAAUUUUAUCGUUUUUCUUAAAGCACCUUUUUGUAUUCCCCUCGCCCCCCUUCUCACUCCCACAUACUCACCCACUCUCGAUCCGACCAAAACAAAACUGGAACGUGAUGUAAACUCAGAAACCAGGGCGGUCCGAACAAGUUUGAGUCCCGUUAUUCCUGCGAGUCGGCGCGCUUCUGUUCAUGCUGAGACUGUGCGAAGAACCGGUCUUUCUCUGUCUUGUCUGACUUUAGGUGUGAUUGUCUGGGGAAGGAUUUUCACGUUUUCCCUUUGAUUUCAUGAAGAAUGUGUCAGAGGUGGGGUGCCAAAGCUCUUCGGGCAUCGUGACAAACAUGAUCCCCACAAAGAGUAUUUUCACACAUGGGUUUUUAAUUGAAAUCUCCUCGAAUUAAAACUGUGUCCUAAUUAUAACAUUAAAAUAUCUUAUUAAAAUGACUAAAAUGACUCUUUGACUUGAACAUUCGUAGAUGUCAUUUAUCAUCUUGUCUGACUCUGAUGGUCCUCUGCCUGUUUCCUUUUUUUUGGCUUUUCAGUCUGAUUCGUAACCAGCUAAAAACUCCUCACUGGAGCUUUAACUGGCAGUGCCCUAAAGUGGUGUAAUCUUUCCUUCAAAUGAGUCAAUAAUACUUAAAAAAGUUCAUAUUUUGCUCAUUAUUCAUGGGACACAGCUCAAGUGUGUGUUUGUCCAGAGGUUCAUAUUCCAGCCAGCAGAGGGCAGCAGUCAUCACUAUGACGUGACACUGUCCCAGCUUGGACCCCCCCCCCCACUUGUAGCAUGAGUGCCGUGCAGAGCUUUGACAACCCACCUUUAAAUGUCUGAGCACGUCCAAGAUCUGAGCUCCAGCCCUCUUAAUUUUUUUUCCCCCCUUCUCUGUAUUUUGAUCUUCUGAAAGCACUUCAGCCUCAGUGGCUCGGUGCUCUUUUUUGUUUUUCUAUUUCUGUCUGUGCUAGUUUUUCAGAACUGAAGAUUUUCCUCCCCUGGAGAUUCGACCUUAACGUAUGGAGCGCGAGAACUCCCUACGCUGACGUCAGUCUCUGUAGAAAACCUCCUUAGGCAAAUCUCAGACAUAUGAAUGGUAUGUGUGUUUGUUUUUGCUGUGAAGGGCCAAUUUGUAUACAUAUGAAUAUAUCAAUAUACAUAUUUUUUAAAGCAUUUUUGUAUGUUUCAAAGCUGCUUUUUAACGUGUGUGUAUCAUGGAAGAUUAAGUGUUGUAUGUGUGCUUUACAAGUCUACAGUUCAGAGGCACAAUGUUGUAUACCAUGUCGUUAUUCCUGUUCUUUCUCCCAUUCUCCAAGUAGGCAGUAACACUUAACAUUGUUUUUUUGGUUUGUAAAUGUUUUAUCUUUUUGUGCAAAACAAAAACCAGUUUAAUGUGUUUAUGAACACAGUCUCAUUUUAUGAUACCUGGGGCAAAAAAACAAAAAAAAAAACAAAGAUGUAAACAAGCAACUGUGUACUCUAAUGAGAAUGAAUCAACCUUUUAGCAGUAAGGAAGCUUCUCUGGUGCCUUACAAAUAAAAGACGUGAUUGAGAGUGGUUAUUUUGUUUGUUUCUG